UUUGUGUUAUAAAAGUUCUUUGAAAUAGAAAGGCAAUUAUUGUCUUCCAAUUCAAACAAAGGAGAAAAUGUUAGUAAUCGGUAUUGUGUUCAUUGUGUUGGCUUCUGUGUUUUUCAUAACAUGUAAUUUAUUAUGCUGCUUAUGCGCAGGCCGAGGUGGAGGUAGAUCGAAGAAGUCACCCGACGUAGAAAAAGGUAUGAAAAAGACCAUCACUAGCACCGGUAGUCGUGCCACACGAGAUGGGAAUAUGGUUGUUUUGGCUGGAGCGGGUGGUGCGGUAGUUGGCACGGCUAUAGCUAAUGGUGUCAUGACUAGUAACGAUAAACGUGAUCGUGAUAAUAAGGGUGGUAAUAGUAAUAUUAGUGGUGGUUGUGGAGUUGUAGUUGGAGGUGAUGGUGGUGGUGGUAUGGAUAAUUCCGAUACGAAUCACGGGUGUUGUUGUGGCGGUGGUGGUGGUGAUGGUGGUGGUUGCGGUGGUGGUUGUGGUGGAUGUGGAGGUUAGUUAGUUACUAGUUUUCAAUUUGGACGCUAGCCAUGUAAUUUUUUAUUAUGGUUGAUAAUUGUAAGAUGUAAUGCACAUUGGAUUUUUCCUCUUCUUGUAGUUUUCUUUCCUUUUGUUGUUUUAGAUUUAUUUAUUUUUGUUGUGUAUGUUGUUUUACUUAAGGAUGUGUACCGGUGAAAAUAGAUGGAGCAGCAAUAAAUACA